UGAUAUAUAUAUAUAUAUAGACAAUUGCAUACGAUGCUUUUCUCUUGAAUUUGACCGGGAGAAAGUAUAGUUAACUUGAAAAAAUAUUAGAAACAAACAGCGAUCUGUGUUGAAGACUAGAAUUUUUAAGUAGAAAGUUAACAUUGAUAAGACUGUUACACAAACCUUAAUAAUGAACCAUAAAAGAGAAUUACUGACUGACAUUUACAAUACUUUAGUACAAAUUAGAUAUCCUAACAUUACAACAGCGACAAUUGAAAAUAUGGAAAUAACAAUUCUUACAGGAGAAAAUCGUAUUUCUUUAUUGUCUUGGCUACUGGCAAGAAAGUGUGAAAAAAUAUCAGCUGAGCUGCAAACGUUGAAAGGAUCUGAUCUAGAAGCAAGAUUAGUUCAAUAUUAUUGUAAAAUUGGAAUUUGCAAUGACAAGGAUAUUUUGCUGGGAAAUUGUUCACCGCAAGAACAACAUUCUACCUUAAACUUGAUAUUGGAUUAUAUGAAAUCGAUGUUUGUCGAAUCGUCCAAUGAUACAGAUACUAAAGUAGAGCCCAUUGAUGAUAUUUUGCAGGUCUUGAAUGAUGAAAGUUCUGAUAGAAUGCUGGCUAUUGUUAAACCAAAAUUAAAUUAUGUUGAAUCUCUGCAAUACUUUGAUAAUAUAAAAAAAGUACUGAAUGAAUAUACUAAUUCAAGUUCGAGUACAGAAAGUGAUAAAGAACAUAGUAUAGAAGAAAUAGAAUUGCCACUAAAGGUAAAUGAAGAUGUGACUUCUGAGAAUGAUAGAAAUGUAAUGUUUACUUCGGAGAAUACAAAAUUUGUAGAUGCUUUCUCAGUUGAAUCUUUGCCAGUAGUAAAAGAGAAAUCUAUAAAGAGUCUUUAUUCCAUGGAUUCUGACAUUGAAGAUCUAUACUCAAAUUUUUCUUCUUUAAAACAGUUUUUGAAAGCAAAAGAUGAAAUAUGCAAUACAACCGUACCAGAUGGGAUAGAAAAAAUGACCACACCAUUAAACAAAAUUAUUGUAGAUAUUCUUACUUCCACGGGAACAAUUAUGAAUAUACGUGUUGAUGAUUUAUAAUAUUACGUUAAAUUUUAUAAUUAUGAUAUUUUAUUUCAUCUGACUUGUUUGUAAAGAUGUUAAUCAUAUGUAAUGUAUUUGUAACAAUUUGUGGGAUGAAGUCAAUUAGCUUCAAUUGUCAUAUCUUAGUCGAAGCUAUAAUGAAGAGAACAGAGGUGUAUCUGUUUCGAACAUGGCAGAUAAUGGAAUUAUAGUCCUGCUUUCUUUUUCAUCAUCUCUUUGAUGAAAGUUGAUGGCAUCCCCUGGUAAGGAUUGCCUGGUUCCGCUGGUUGAGGGUUAAUAAAAUCUCAAUAUUUUUCUGAAGGUCUUUAUAGAUGUAAUUACAAAUACAUGACAAUGAUUUUACGAUCUAGGUCGUUCCUUCUUUUCUUUGUAAAGUGCAAGUAAAGAAACGUUAGCCACUUUGACAACUUUAAA